AUGAGGCUAUUGGAAUUGCAGCUGGUAUUUCAGCUUGGUUCCUUGCCAGCUGAUCUUAUUCUGCUGGUUUUGGAUUGGGCUGGUUCAGCUGGGGUUCUUGGUUUGCUGCUGGAUCUUGGAUGGUCUUCUGCUUUUCCAGCUGGUUCCAGCUGUGGUUUCUGGGCUCCACUUUGGCAGUUCUUCUGGCUCAUGUCUACUGAACUUUGGCUUCUGUGUUGGAUUCUGCGGCUGGGGUUUUCUCAGCUGCAUUCUGUUACUGUUACCAUUGAUUUGCUGGCUUUGCUGCCUGCUGGAUUUCUGCUGGCUCUCUUGAAUUUUGUCUUCCAGCUGGGGUGUUUCUACGGUUCUGUUUUGCUGGCCUUUUCUAUUUUUCAACUGGAUUUCAGCUGGAUUCUUCAGCUGGAUCCCCCUUUAUUCUAUGCCUUUCUGUUGGUUCCAAGGCUUGCUGGCUGCAAAGCAGAUGCUUCUCAAUUGGUUUUGGUCAACUGGAUCUUGGCUGGAAUUUCAGCUGGUUCUUUGCUGCUUUUCAGCUGGUUCUCUGCUGCUUUUCAGCUGGUUUCUCAGCUGGAAUUUCAGCUGGUUCUUAGCUGCAUUUCAACUGGUUUCUCAGCUGAUUUUUUGUGCAGUUUUCAGCUGGAGUUCACACCUCAUAUUGUUGAUACAACUAGAUUUGUUCAGUCACUCUCUUUUGUAAACAUUGAAGGCAUUCCACAGCUCUGCACAGCGGGGCUUCAGCUAGAUUUCCAGCUGGUUUCAAUGGGUUUCCAGCUGGCUCUAAUGGGUUCCACUUGCUGCUGUGAUUGCUGGGCUGUUUUGCUGCUGCUUGUUUUGCUUUGUGUUUCAAUGAUGGUGGCUGAUGGUCUUGUUGCUGUUGCGAUGUUGGGCUGCUUUGCUUAUGAUGAAGGCAUUAUUUUGUCCUUUAUUUUGAAGGAUUAA